UCAACAUCAGUAGCGUUUCAACCUUGAUGCCAGUGUGAGGAUUAGGAGAUUAAAUCUGUGAUUUAUAAAUGUGUAUGGUUAUAUUUGCUCCGAUUUUUGCCAUCUGUGCCUUUGCAACAUGUGGAGGAUACUAUGGUCACCUCCGGGUUAAAGUGGACUGUGCAGACAGGAGCCAGAGUAACAUGAGCAUCAACAUUGAUUUUGGCUAUCCCUUCAGGUUAAAUGAAGUGCAUUUCAAGGCUCCCGUGUGCGAGGCAAAAAGGGAAGAAGUCAUUUUCCUGGACGGCAACUUUUCCUCAUCGGCUCAGUUUUUCCUGACUGUGGGUGUUUUUGCUUUUCUGUACUCUCUGCUGGCCACCAUCGUCUAUGUGUUCUACCAGAAAAAGUACCUGAGGAACAACAGGGGCCCACUUGUGGAUUUUGUAGUUUCACUCAUCUUCUCCUCCAUGUGGCUGGUGAGCAGCUGCUGCUGGGCCAAAACUCUUUCCGAUAUCAAGACGGCCACGAACCCAACACAGGUGCUACUGCUCAUCUCGGCGUGCAGAACCCAGGAGAACAAAUGCACGGCCACCCAGGAGCCCCAAUGGUCACGACUUAAUACAUCUGCGGUUUUUGGCUUUGUGAAUGUCGUCCUCUGGGCUGGAAAUAUUUGGUUCGUCUUCAAAGAGACAGGCUGGUACAAGACGGGUCAGAGAUAUCCCACGAGGAGUGCUUCUGGGAAACGCAGCAGUGAGAUGCGACAUCGGCUCUACAGUGAAAGCAGCUUUGAGCAGCCGCUCGAGGGCUUUGCUCCACAACUCACCAGGCAAGAAAGUUUCAAUCUGCAGGUCAGCAGACAAGGUAGCUUCAACCAGGCUCAAGUUAACCUGAGCUUACCGCACGCUUAUCUUGGCAAACCGAUGAUGUAUGAAGGGGAGAAUAAAGUGGCUUCUCAAGGUCCCAUGAUAUUCGUCAACGAGAUGUGAUUUAGCUCUUAGUGUCGUGCUGUAACUGGUGGUCAACAUGAGGAGAUGAUUAUUACCUUUAUAUUAAAUGAAGAAUACUGGUGGAGAAUAUUGCGCAAGUUUAUUAUGUAAUGGAAUAUUUAUAUUCUAACUUUUGAAAUUAAAAUGUUAUAAUAAGGUGUUAAAAGUUAUUAUACGUCAUUACUUGCAUUUAUUUUAUUUAUUUUUUUAAUAAAUGCAAACAAAGCACGUAUUUGUCCAGAAGCAGAGACACGGCUCAAACUGCUUCACAGUCAAACUGAGUGGUCAUGUGAUUAUGAUACAAAUAUAUAUUAUCUUAUGGUAUGACCUUCUGUCCCAGCCA